GAUGACGUCAUUGUGCUGCGACCGUGUUCAACGCCGCUGGCGAAGCCAGGCUGUCCGAGGAAGCCGAGUGGGAGUGGCACGGAGCUGCUGGGGGUCCUGAGAACCUGAGUUUCGGCAAGCAGCCGGGUCUGGAAACUAAUAUUUUAAAAAUGACCACACCAAACAAGACACCUCCUGGUGCUGACCCUAAGCAGUUGGAAAGGACUGGAACAGUACGAGAAAUUGGGUCACAAGCUGUUUGGUCACUCUCAUCUUGCAAACCAGGAUUUGGAGUGGAUCAGUUACGAGACGACAAUCUAGAAACUUACUGGCAAUCAGAUGGUUCCCAGCCUCAUUUAGUGAACAUCCAGUUCAGAAGAAAAACAACAGUGAAGACAUUAUGUAUUUAUGCAGACUACAAAUCUGAUGAAAGCUAUACUCCAAGCAAGAUCUCAGUCAGAGUAGGAAAUAAUUUUCACAACCUUCAAGAAAUUCGGACCUACGGAAAAUCUCAAAGAAUUGUGCAGUGAACCCCAAUAUACUCAUCUCCUAAUUUCUUCAGUUGUUAAUAUUUUGCUAUAUUUGCUUUAUUACAAUAUGUCUAUCUAAUUUUUUUGUGCGUUUAAAAAUAAUUUGCGUGUAUUUGCCCAUUUCAUCCCAAUUACCAGUGUGAUAUAUUGGUAGAUUUAUCAACAUUUGCUUAAUUUUCUUUUUUUAAGAUAAAAUUUAUGCACAAUUUUGCAUAAUCUUAAGUAUAUUGUUUGGUGAGUUUUGACAAACACAUACAUUUAUGUAAUCCCAACUCCUGUUAAAAUAUAGAACAUUUCCACCAUUCCAGAUAAUUCCCUCAUAUCUAUUCCCAGUCAGUCUUCAACUCUAUCUUACCCUCAGAAAGAACUAUUAUACUGAUUUUAUAGAUUGAUUGAUUUUUUUAUCAUAGAUCCAUGUUGCCUGUUUUACGACGUCAUAUGUCAUAUGAACAGAGUCAUACAGGAUAUAACUUUUAUGCAAGGCUUCUUUCACUCAGCCUGGGGUUUUUGAGAUUCGUCCAUGUAGUUGCAUGUGUCACUGCUUCAUUCUUUUUCACUUCUGAGUUGUAUUUCACUGUUUGAGUAUACCACAAUAUAUUUAUCCUGCGUGAAGUUAUUAGGACAGUGCUUUAGUCCUGAAGUAUUUCAGAAGUAUUUUCAAUAACUUUGAACUACGUAAUUGUCAAGCUCUGGCUGUUGACAUUUUUGGGUCAGAAAAUCAUUAAGGCUAAACAAUCAUUAAAAUUUGGUGUUUCUGAGAGAUUUGGGAAGCACUUGUGAUCUUUGAAAGGUCUCCAGUUAAGUUAAUUUGUGGUCUUGGUUCUUGUUUGACUUAAUGUUUAUAUUAAGACUGUGUCUCUAAAUUUAUAUUUCUUAUCGGUGUUAGUAAUAAAAUACUUAAUACAAAUGACAUGUACUGCAUAUGUAUUGACAGAUAAGAACAGGUGAGGAUAUUGUCCAAGAUAUUUUUGUUGUUGUUUUGUCCUUUGAGAUAUUCAUUGUUUUUUUUAAAAAAUUAUUAAAUAAAAAUUGUAUGUAUCAUGUACAGUAUGAUGUUUUGAAAUAUGUAUACUUUGUAGAAUGACUCAAUAAAGCUAGUUAACAUAUGCAUUACUUUCACAUACCACUUUUUUGUGGUGAGAACUCUCAAAAUCUACUCUCAGCAAUCUUCAAGAAUAUAACACUUUGUUUAUUACUGUAGUCACUAUGUUAUAUACUGGAUCUCUUGAUUUUAUUCUUCCUAUCUAACUGAAAUUUUGUACCCUUUGACCAACAUCUUCCCAAUCCCUCUUUCCAUUAUAGCCCCUAGAAACUAUCAUUCUCCUGCUUCUGAGUUCAACUUUUUAAUAUUCCAUUUAUAAAUAAGGUCAUGUGGUAUCUAUCUUUCUGUGCCUGGCUUGUUUCAUUUAACAAUAGUGUUCUCCAGUUCCAUCCAUGCUGCUGCAAAUGACAAGAUUUCCUUCUCUUUAGGGCUGUAUAAU